UUUACCAGAGUUGUGCCGAGCUGCGCGAUGUUGGAGUGACUGAAAGUGGGAUAUACAUGAUUCAAGAUCAACAUAGUGACAGCGGGUUUUACGUUUAUUGUGAUCAAGAACACAUCGAGGGAGGUAAAUAAGAUAAGCUUAAAAGAAAAUUAGGAAAACUGGUUACACUACAUCAAGUUUAAGCUUUUAGAAAAAUUCGCAAAAAAAGGUAAAGAAUGCAAAAAAGCAUUUUUCGUAGUUUGAUUUGUUCCGUUUAGGUAUUUCUGUUUAUUUCAAAUUUUAUGCAAAACAAACCUUUUCCUUUUCGGUUAAAAAUAGUUUGUUAUGGUUAUAAUCCGACUUUUCGUGUCAGGCAAGAGACUCGUCACAUAUUUUUCGGAAUUUUAAUGCAAACUCGAUGAGCAUCACUUUCAAAGUCAUGUUCGCGCAGUGUAAGAUGUUAGCAAAUGAAUAAAGGGGUAAGUUUAUUCCAGAAGUAGAUUUUUAGAUUGAUUAAGAGAGGCUGAAUAGGCGCUCUAUCCAGUUUACUUCUCGUUCACAAUUUGUCAACAAGGGUUACUGGUUGUACCAUACCAAACAUUAGGUUAGUUUGGGAUUUACCAAUAGCUUGACCUGGGAAAUCAGUCUCUUCUAACUCUUAAAACAAUUUCUUUUGAUCUAUUUCCUUUUCCAAGAAUACUUCCAUCGCGAAAAAGUUGUCCCACCCAAGAAUUUUCACCUCGGCUUGACACUUGCGAAUUCGUAAAUACGAAGAAAACCUAAAAGAAAACGAACGGUAGGGUAAUUGCCCUAAAGAAUUCUAACCAUAGUAAUAUACUAAGGUUAAUAUUGUGCGAUAAACGUAGUUCAAACUCUGUACAUCGAAAAUUAAAUAAUACAAAAUGACAUAUAUACCUUAACUUUGCAUGCAUGCAUUUUGCAUUCAAAACGAUAGUCAUAUCUCUCUCUCCUAUUUUUCAUUUUUAUUUCUCUCUCUCCUUGCUAAUUAUUUGUUAAAACCAGGAUGGACCAUGGUAUUCAAAGCGGUGUCUGGUGUAGGAUCUGAUGUUUAUCAAUUGUGGUCCGCCUCAAACGGUUUAUUCGAAGAGAAAAUUGAAGCCCUGAACGUAAACUCGUCGUUCAGAAAUCAUUACAAGAACCGCCUGGUGAACAGAUGGCAAACUGUUGCUCCUAAGGAGGUAGGUUAGACUGUGUCUUGACUAAAUGUGUGUGUUGGGGGCGUGGGUUGACCAAUGUCAUGUAAACUUAUAUGAACUUUAAAAAAGGUCUUAAAUCCUUAUGAUUAAGUUCCACAAUCACGCUUUCAAUACGCCCGUCCAUCGGUCGGUCAGUGAGCCAGUGAGCGAAUGAGCCAGUCAGCCGGUGAGCCGGUGAGCCGGUGAGCCAGUGAGCCGGUGAGCCAGUGAGCCAGUGAGCCAGUGAGCCAGUGAGCCAGUUGAUCAGUUAGUCAGUCAGUCAGAAUGUCACAGCAAGCUGGUCGACUAACAAUGGAUCGCUCAAUUUAAUGAUUUAUUCCAUCAUUACAAGCAUCAUUGUGUCAUUAAUUUCCUUAGGCUCGCGUAGCUCUUUACAAAGAUGGAAGUGAACUGUUCUCCAUUGUCUUUAACGCCUCAAACAGCAACAAUGAAAACUGGUUUACAAAAAAGAGAGUCAUUUCUUCACCAUGGACUGACUUGAAGAGCAAUCUGCCUACUUACUUUUCUAUUCCUGGGGCCGAUGGACGACGAUUUUAUGUCCAUGGGCCCCACCCUGGGUGUGAUGGAGACUAUGGAUGGCUCUCUAUUACCCAGCACCUCUGCACAUACGAGACAAGCCUCCCGUACACAUCUUUCAUAUACAGCAGACUUCAAACCAACACCAACUGGAAUGUUCAGGGUAAGAAAAUGCAGUGAAAUUGCACCAUAACGAACUGAACGUCAGUAGCCAUGUAGAACUUAGUAAAUAUCACGAGGAGCUGAAUAUAACUCACUGAGUUAAAAACAUGCAAGGAAACUAAGUGAAGGGCGGUAAAAUUGACGCAAGUGAUCAGGUCACUGCUGAUUUCAAGUUUUAAUCUGAUUGGUUGAUAGGGUGGCACGAUUAUUCUAAACCAAUCAUCGAACGAUAAGAAGCAAAGCACAUACAAUCCCAGACUACUUUCGAUAUUCAUUUCACAAGCGUCGAAUUUUGUUCCCCCAAAAGACAAUCAGGGCAUUGUAUCUCUUCUUUGUUUACCUUUUAAUUUCCUUAUUCUGUUUUGCUUUAGAAAAUGUUGGCGUCGCAGAUGUCUUAGUGGUGUAUAUUCGCUGAGGUAAAUUAGAACUUCAAGACACUGUUUUAAUUAAAACUCAUCAAAACCUCUUGUCAGUGAUACGUGAGACAUAAUUUCUCGUGGAUGCUCUUUUCGCCAUUUCACCCCAAGAUCUGUCAAAAAUUCACCUCACUGUUAGUGUUACAUUUUUAUGGUUCUAUUCCAGAGAAUUUGGUGUUUAGUCCAAUCAUAAACCUAACUUUAACCUUUUGUUAUUCUCAUGGCUUAUCUGCUUUGGACUUCAUUGAUCACAUUAGAAGAAAACACUCAUCAAACACUCGUGGAAUUUAAGGAGCGCAAUGAUUCUGUUUGAUCAGUUUGAAACUUCCAUUUGACUGUGUGUCUAUUACAUUUUUCAGGCGUUGACGACUAUUGGCCUAUCUGACGGAAACGGGAGGUGUGCCUUAACUUUGAGAUAAGCUUCCGCUGGCAGUAAAUAUUAACAAAGAUAAAAAUCUGUUUCUAAUGAAGGAGGAAUCCUAAACGGCUGAUUUUCAUGAUAACCAAAAAGUUGC